UGAAGUCUUAGCAAUCGCCUUGAUAAUUUUUCUGACACGACGCUCGCUUUGUUUCUUCCGCAUAAUUAUUGGUCAAUUCCUUGGAAAUAUUGAGUGGUUUCCCGGUAAAACACGGUGGAAAAUAUCUAGAAAAGUUCUGUGAAAAGUUUGUUAGAGCAAUUGAGUGAAAAAUUUAUGUGGAAAAGUUUCAAAAAUGGGAAAAUAGAUAAGUGAUUGAGGGAAUGGCGGCGUGCGACAUAAAAAAGUAUCGAUUCUCCAUAAAAUAUGUUUAAUUUUCCGUCUCUGUGACUCAAUUCCAAAGCAUUAGCUAAAUAGAAAAUUCAUUGGAUUUUUUGAUUGCGAACGGUCACUGCCCUCAUACCAUCUCAUCCAACAUCUUGGCAAUCUUGUUCUCCUCCACUCGAUGCAUCAAAUGGUGAAUUCCUGGCGUGCAGAUAACUGUCAACCGAGCGAUUUGUCAUUGAGAUUGGCGCAUCUAGUGGCGACAGCCGGAAUUCCUCGCAUUCGUCCGGAACCAUGGAUGCUGAGUCUGUAAAGUCCGAACAGAGUUCACGGUCGAGACGCACAACACGCCAGCAGUCCGGUAGCCACCGCAGUCGGCAUUCCCAUCGCAAUCACAAGAGCAAGAGGCCGGAUAUGGCACCAUUCCAGACCACCGUAAACCUCGAGGAUUCCCGUGACGGUCAGGAGAUCAUCGAGGUACAAAUUCUGCCGCAGGAUGAGAACUGGGGCGAGAAUACGACCGCCGUCACUGGGAACACUUCAGAGCAGAGUGUCUCGAUGGAAGAUGUGAGCAAUUGGCAGGGAGGCGGAGAAUCCGGUCUAGGAUUUGCCUGUCAGCGCUACAUGGAGACUUCCCUGUCGCUCAUCCUCAGUCUAGUGGCUUUCUUUAGUCCUCUGGCCAUGGUGAUGAUGCCGAAGCUGGGUUUCUUCUCAAGAGCCUUCGACAAUGCCGAUCUGACGCCCAUCGCCAGGAGUCAACUUCUUGCCUGCAAUGCCGAAUGCAAAGGUCAACUGGUCUCACUAGCAGUGCGAAUGAUCCUCCUGGCACUUGCUUUGUGGGCCAUUUUUCUGCGAAAGCCAGCAGCAACAUUGCCUCGCAUCUUUCUAUUUCGCGCCACCGUAAUCCUCCUUGUUCUCGUGUCAACCUUUGCCUUUUGGCUGUUUUACGUGGUCCAGGUGACCGAGGGCACAAAGGCCAUUAUUGAGGGUGCCGAAGCUGCAGACUAUAAAUCCCUCGUGGCAUUUGCCACAAGUUUUGCCGAUACUCUCCUCUUCAUUCACUACAUAGCGGUGAUUCUGCUGGAGAUACGUCAUCAGCAACCGGUGUACUAUGUCAAAGUGGUAAGGAGUCCUGAUGGUGAGAGUCGUUCCUACAGUAUUGGACAAUUGAGUAUUCAGAGGGCAGCUGUUUGGGUUUUGCAGAAGUAUUACACGGAAUUUUCGAUUUUUAAUCCGUAUUUGGAGAGAAUUCCGGUGUCAAAGUCCCAAAGAAAAGCUCUGUCAACAUUCAAAUAUUACGAUGUUGAUGGGGUGAAUGCAUCGCAGCAGCAGAGUCAGUCGAGAGCUGUAUUGGCAGCUCAUGCCAGAAGAAGAGACUCCAGUCACAAUGAGAGAUUCUAUGAGGAGCAUGAAUAUGAGAGGAGAGUUAAGAAGAGAAAAGCUAGACUUAUUACAGCUGCUGAGGAGGCUUUUACGCAUAUCAAGAGGGUGCACAAUGAACCGGCUCCGGCAAUUCCGUUGGAUCCCCAAGAGGCUGCUCAGGCGGUAUUUCCGUCAAUGGCAAGAGCCCUGCAGAAGUAUCUCAGGGUAACGCGACAGCAACCAAGGCAUACGGUUGAGUCGAUUUUGAGACAUCUGGCUCACUGUCUCAAACAUGAUUUGGCUCCAAGGGCCUUCCUGGAGCCCUAUCUUGUGGAAUAUCCAGUGAUGCAGAGUGAAAAGGAACGUCGUCCAGUGCAAUCUUGGUCACUGAUUUGCGAUGAACUCCUGUCACGUCCUCUCUCUGACGGAUGCUCCUUUCAGCUCAUCCAGAGUGAUGUAUCUCUUGUGGUGACUGUUCACAGGCUGCCGCAUUUUCAUGUGGCUGAAGAAGUUGUCGAUCCCAAGAGCAAUAAGUUUGUGCUGAAGUUGAAUUCAGAGACGAGUGUGUGACAGGAAGAAAAUGCCUACAGCUGGCAUCAGACAAAUGACGAUUCCAACGAUAGGACAUACGAUGAGAUUAUUUAUCAGUUUCUCUAGCCCUUUAUUUAUAGGAAUAAUCCCACUUUUUCUAGUUCACAUAUCCAAGAUGAAUGGUUCUAUUUUUCUCAUAUCUUUAUUUUUUAAGUUUAUCGCCCAGUGAGAUCUUGUUUUUGAAACAAAAGACAGCAGCACAAUAAGACGUAACUAUUUUACAUGCAUUUUGAAUAUUGAAACAAUUGAGUUAAAAUGGACCAGAAAAUAUGUUUGCAGAUUAAACUGAAAUAGAAACUUGUGAAUCUCUCCGGAACUGUCCUAAAAUUCAAAAUUGAAGACUCUUCUUCUAUUGAAAUAGUAAUUUAUACAUCAUCUGCACUCCCCCUCUAUGUCAUGUCCAUCUCCGGCUUAGCGUUAAUGCUUGCAUACAGAACAGAAAAUUUGAGUGUCUUAAUCACAAGAAAAGUGUAACCUUGCUACUUUUUAGAGGUAUAAUAUGUUAACUCAAUCAACUCAACACAAACAGUUCCUUUUCAGUACCAGCAAUCAGUAUUAUCUCUAUUAAUAUUGGGGGCUUAUCGACAAGCCAAGAAGCUCUUCUUUCUGAUAUUUGUGUUAAGUACGUUAAGUAUAACCGUGAUGGCCUUUCAUUCACCUCGCCGCUGCACACAAUCUGAUUAUUGGAGGCACAUGGUUUCCGCGGAGAGAUGUACACAAAGCUACAAUGACUUCACCAGAUGGGACCACUUCCAACCAGAUUGAUUACGUGUUAAUUGAUCGCCAACACCGGACAUCGCUGAUGGAUGUACGCACAUACCGUGGGGCCAACAUCGACUCUGAUCACUAUCUUGUUGGUGCAGUGUUCAGGGCUCGCAUAUCCACACCAAAGGAGCUUGCGCCAACGAGGAUAUCCCAAAUUAACACAGAUGGUCUCAAAUCAGAGCAGCUCCGUAGUAAAUAUGCUGAGGAACUGGAUGUUGCACUCGUGAGCUUCGCGAGUGCAGACAGGAUGCCAAUCAACGAUAUGUCGUCGGUUGCGUCUACCUCUGUCGUAUCUGCAUUUGUUUUGUAUCUGCAUUCGUUGCAAGCUACAAUACAGACGUCCCCUCUUGCGUAAAAUGCUGGCACAAAAGAAAUGCAGAUACGACAGAGGUAGACGUAACCGACGAUGUGGAAACAUAUCAGAACACACGUCAUGGGAAAGGCCAACACUAUCCUUGGUCACAGUCGGAAGAAGGAUCGGAACGACUGGUUCGAUGGUGAAACGCAAACUGGCAACUGAACGUAAGAACGAAGCAUACCGAGCCAUGCUUAGUUCACAAAACACGCGGGCACGUGUAGUCUUAUCGAGAGCUCAGAAAACAGGAGAAGAAACUUCACAGAACCAAGAAAAAAGCUUGGGAGGAAAAACUGGUAAGUGUAGAUGAGGAGUACAGAGCGCAGCCGCACCAAGCGCGGAAGUUUUACCCACAAGUCCGGGGUGUGAAGCCAUAUACGCCACGCACUUUAUCCUGUAAGGACAAGCAGGGGAAUCUGGUUUCCGAUCAGAAUGGCAUCCUGGAGCGAUGGAUGGAGUAUUUUGAUGAAUUUCUCAACGGACAGCUCAAUGAUGAGUUGGAGGUACCAGCAACUCAAGGUGUUGAUACCAUACUAGAGCCACCUAGUAUGGACGAGGUCGAAAUAGCAAUCCGUCGGCUUAACACAACAGAGCGCCAGGAGUAGACGGAAUUGCAGCGGAGCUGUACCAACAUGGAGGCGCCCAACUACACCGAGUUGUUCAUCAAUUAGUGCUCCGUGUAUGGGACGAAGAGAUACUGCCAGAGGAAUGGAAAAUUGGCAUUAUCUGUCUUAUACAUAAGAAAGGAGAUAUCACAAGCCGUAACCACUAUAGGGGUAUUACGUUGUUGAUUACCGCCUAUAAGAUAUUCUCCUCUAAUCUGCUUGGUCGAAUCGUUCCAUUCGCGCAGACCAUUAUUGAACAAUACCAAUGUGGUUUCACUCCAGGUAAAUCAACAACAGACCAGAUCUUUUUCCUUCGGCUGUCUAUGGAGAAGAUGAGAGAGCGUGACCAAGCACUUCACCAUCUCUUCGUCGAUUUCAAAGCAGCCUACGAUAGCAUAGUCAGGGUAAAACUGUAUGAAACUAAAGGAGGUGGCAAAGACCCCUCAUCACCCAAAUCUUACAGACCAAUUGGCUUGACUUCAUUCCUACUGAAAUGUAUGGAAAAGGUGAUUGAUCUACACUUACGACAGGGAAUACUCAUGGAAUUCCCCUUACAGAAAACACAACGCGGCUACCUAAGUGACCGAUCCACUAAUACCGCUUUGAGUGAACUAAUUUGUGCUGUUGAGGGCUCUCUGGAGGCGAAAGAAGUUGCGCUAUGUGCCUUUAUUGACAUCUCUGGGGCAUUUGACAGCACAAAAUUUGACAUGGUACUCGAAGUUUCACGUAAUAAGUACAUCAACCAGUUCAUUAUAGACUGGAUGAUUGCAAUGCUCAGAUCCCGUACGGUAGAAACCGGAGAAGGCCAAGACCGAGUGGCAGUUCGGGUGACUCAGGGAUGUCCACAGGGAGGUGUGUUAUCACGACUAAUGUGGUCCCUGGUCAUCGAUGCACUUCUUACAGAAUUAUCUGAAAACUUCUGAAUUAUUUUAUUAGUUUAAAAUCAGUCUCAUUGAAACACCUUGAGCUUCAUUAACGUCUAAUUAUAAAAAAUAUAAACGUUUUUUCCUAAAUAUUAUCAUUUUUUGGAUCAUCAUACAACAUUCAUCCAUAAAAAACGUUUAAAAUUCAUUCAUUCAUACUAUUUGUUCCCUAUUUUUCAAUAAAAAUAUUUCAGUCUUUUUAGGCCUUAAACAGAUAUGACCGCCUCUAGGCGGUCUUUACCUUUUCUCACCUGGCGCCCAAACGGAAAGAGAUAAUGAAGAAUGGAUGGUUUUUUUGAGUUCAGUGGACCAUUAAAUACUCUAAACAAUUAUUUAACUUCUUUUUGAGAUAUUAAAGAAAAUACUAUUAGAGGGAUAAACUGCAAGAAUUAUCGCGGUAUCUCUCUGUUGUGUACUGGAUAUAAGGUGCUCUCCAACGUUACGUAUAGUCCGUAUAGAAGACUGAUCCCAUGUGCAGAAAAGAUAAUUGGUUCAUAUCAGGCUGGAUUUCGACCGGGAAGAUCUACAACUGACCAGAUUUUUGCAUUGCGCCAGAUUCUGGAAAAAUGCACAGAGCAAUCCAUCACCACACAUCAUUUGUUUGUUGACUUCCAACAGGCAUAUGAUGAUAGCAUUAAACGCUAUCGGCUAUGGGACGCCAUGGUAUCUUUCGGCGUUCCACAUAAGCUUGUCAGAAUGGCAAGACUUUCAGUAUUGUGUAAUGAAAGCUGUGUCCGUAUAAAUAACAAGCAAUCGGACAGCUUUUCCAUUAGCUCUGGACUGAGACAAGGGGACUAGAUAUCGCCUUUAAUGUUUAAUUUUGCACUGGAGGCAAUUUUGGCAUAUGCCGACGAUCUGGUUCUGAUUGGCCGAAGAGUGACUGAUAUACAGCAGAUAUACCAAGAACUCGAGGAAGCACCAUCGCAUAUGGGACUCGCAACAAACGAAUCAAAAACAAAGUAUAUGAUCAGGGGCAUGACGUUUCCUAUGUUUCCCAUGUGUUUCUAGCGUGCCGAAAAAACUUUGGAGUUCAUUCGGUGUUUUCUGUCAUUUUGGAAUGAAUUAGCAAAAAAAUACAAAUACAAAAUAAAAGCCAAUUUAAUAUGGAAAGGGCAACCGAAAAUCCCAAAUUGGCAACCUACGUAGUUUCGGAGAUAUCUCGUGAAAUGUGUACGAAAACGGGAAAAAAAAUACACUAAACUGGUCGCAUUUUUCAGAGCUAAUGUCAGCCCCCUUGUAUAUGAUGGUAUCGAAAAGCGAUGCAACUUACAGUGGAAAUAUUUCAUGUGGAGAGAAAACCUUCGAAUGGGUGGAUAAUUUUAAGUAUCUUGGUUCCAAUGUCAACUCCAAGAAUGUAGUAAGCACAUACAUUUCCUCAAGAAUAAACCAAGGAAAUCGGGCGUUUUAUGCUUUACUACAUUUAUUCAAGUCUUGGUCCCUCUCGAUCCAUACCAAAUUAAAGCUCUACAAGACACUUGUGCGGCCAGUGGUAACUUACUCGUGUGAAUCCUGGACAAUCACAAAAGCUAAUGAAAAUAAACUUGCCUCUUUUGAAAGAAAAAUUUUUAGGAGGAUUUUUGGUCCAGUAAAGGAAACGGCUGGAAAUUGGCGAAUUUGUAGGAACGAUGAGCUCAAACGGUUAUACAAGGAUGCGAGUCUAGUUGCACACGUCAAGGACACAUUAAUCGAAUGGGCUGGACACGUUGUGAAAAUGGAAAAGGGUACGCCAGCUAAGCGAGCAUUUGAAGGGGAACCAGCAGGAAAACGUGCUAAAGGUCGACUCAGGACGAGAUGGUUGGAUCAAAGAGAGGGAAAUUUGAGAAAAUUAAAUGUAAGAAAGUGGAAAAGGUUGGCUGAGGACAGAUUAAAAUGGAGACAGGUUGUGAAUGAAGCCAAGAUCCUAGACGGACUGUAGCGCUACAAAUGAUGAUGAUGACUGUUAGAGGGAUAUACUAAUUUUAAUCAUUUGACACAAAUAAUAAGGCUAAAACCUCUAGUAUUUGAAAACUUAUGAAAAUUGACAAUGUUGCCAAUUCGAAUCUUCUCUGCAUCAUUUUUCUGGUACCAUUAAAUUCAUUUGUAUCAAUCUGUUCUUCAAGACUUGAUAGAAAGUAAGAGAGUAUUUAUACAUUAAUAAGAAAUUUUGAUAUCAAAGCAUUUCUAAAAAAGUAUUUAUAGUUAGAAUUAUACAACUAGAUAAGUAUUUUUAGCUUUUUAUCCAAUAUUUGUAUCACAUAUUUCUCAGUUUUUUUUUACACAUUUUUAGGUUAGGGCUUCUCUUGAAGCUGUUUUAUUUAAUAUAUAUACAUAUACGCAUAUAUUUCUAUGUAAAUAGAAAGAGACCAGAGAAACUCUUUUUCACAAAGAGAAUUUCAGUGAAUUCAAGACUAGAUUUAGGAGAAAAUUUUCUUAAUCACAUUUUUGUAUUAUAAAAAAAUUUUUUAUUUGGUAAAUAAAUGGCAGCAACUAACGGA